AAUAGCGUUGAGAAAUUCUCUCUCGGUCGUUUUAUCACUCGAUUGCUUUAUUCUCUCUAAUCUCAAGUAAUCUUCGAAUCCUGGUAGAUUCUUGUAUGAUUUGAUCCUAACAUUUCUGAAUUAUUGAUCUGAUCGCAUCAUGUGUACCAUCGGCAAUGAUUUUUUACGUGAUUAGAAUUGAGUUUUCGUGAUUGUUACUUCUCUUUUUGGAUUUUUAUAGGCUUAAUUUGUUUUGCAUUGCCUCCUUUCAUUAGUAAUUCAUAUCCUCUAUGUUUCCUUAUGCAGCAAGUUUUCGAUUUGAAUGAAUAAAUGAAAUGAAUUGAUUAGGUUUAAGAUAAUUUUGCCGGAGAGUGUAGAGAAAUAGAAAGAGAUCCAAUGGCUGGUGCAGCAGCACUUGUUGAAGCUGAUAAUGCAAAUGAAAUAAUGGCAAGGAUCGAAACCAAAUCGCAGAAGAUUGAAAGCUUACUCAAACACUACAAACAUGUCGAAGCUCUGAAAACAGCUCUUGAUGGUUCGCCUUUGACAACUUAUGAUGAACGUUGCAAGUCGGCUAAUUGGAUAGUUGUGCACAGAGCUAUCAUGGCGAUAAAGGAUAUCGACGGAAUGCUAAAUUCUCUUGCUGCCGAGUAUUACGACAUUCUCAUGAAGUACUUGUAUAGAGGUCUUUCGACUGGGAACGAACCCACAUGCGAACAAUGUUUGAUAAUUCACGAGAAACUAAUAGAGAGAGCUGGUCUCGGUUGCAUUCUGCGUUGUCUUAGUGAUACCAACUCCGUUUAAAACCAUCAAGCUGAUGUUUACUUGUUACUUUGUUUCUUGUUUUGUAUGAAUGUUUCUCCCAAAUCUCAAAGCUAAUUCAAUAGAUUAUAGAAAGUGGAAUAUAAUAAACUGGAGAACCUAAGAUCCUUUCACAAA